CGAUGCAUCUUGGGAUAAAGAAGGUUCUAUCGUCGUCUAUGUCGUCAGCAGUCCUUCGACGUGAAAUUAGUUUUAUUUCUUGUAAUUUAACGACAAUUUUUGCGAGGGAGUAAACAUUGAAAACGAGUAUUGUUGCAAACAAUACACACAUCGGUUUUGCGGGAGUGGCGAGUCCGUUGAGAAAAUGGGCGCCGAUAAAAGGAUCAGUCGAACUGAGCGUAGCGGUAGAUAUGGUUCAGAGCAGCCCCGUGAUGAUCCAGACUGGCGAGGCAGGCGGGACAGAGACCAAGAGCGUGACCACAACUCGCGCCGCUGGAGUGAAGAGAGGCGCGAUCGUUAUGAUGGAGACCGUAGAGGACCACGAGACAGCCCGGAGGUAUCUGUCCAAGUGUCCAGACUUUUGAUUUUAUUUUGGUACCUGAUGUUAACCUUUGACGCUUUUGUUUUGAAGCAGAGAGAGAGGAAACGGCGAAACAGUGAUAGAUCAGAAGAUGGUUAUCACUCAGAUGGUGACUAUCAAGAGCAGGAUUAUAGACGAGACCCAGGGGAUGAGAAGAAGAGUAAGACUAUCAUGCUUGGAGGGUUGUCUUCUCAAAGUACUGAGGAAGAUAUUCGUUUUGCCAUUGACCAACUGGAGGGACCCCAGCCAGUAGAUGUCAGACUGAUGAAAAAGAGAACAGGUAUAAGCCGUGGUUUCGCCUUCGUGGACUUUUAUCACUUGCAAGAUGCUACCAGAUGGAUGGAGACCAAUCAGAAACGUCUGGUCAUCCAAGGCAAAGUCGUGGACAUGCACUACAGUCACCCUAGAAACAAGUACGAAGACUGGCUCUGCAACACUUGUGGCCUGUACAAUUUCCGGAGGAGGUUGAAGUGCUUCAGGUGUGGAGCUGCCAAAGCCGAAGGUGAAGCCGGCGGUGUCACCGGGGUCACUGAACUUCAACCCACUGGGGAUUUUUAUGGCGACACGAUCAUCUUGAGAAAUAUUGCUCCUCUGACAACGGUGGACGCCAUUUUGACAGCACUGGCACCGUAUGCCAAUUUGUCGUUCAAUAACAUUCGCCUUAUAAAGGACAAGCAGACGGGCCAGAACAGAGGUUUUGCUUUUGUACAGCUGUCCUCCCCUCUGGAGGCUUCCCAGCUGCUGACCAUCUUACAGGGCCUGCAGCCUCCCCUGAAACUGGACGGCAAAACAAUCGGGGUGGAUUAUGCCAAGAGUGCUAGAAAAGACCUUUUACUGCCUGAUGGGAAUCGCGUCAGUGCUUUUUCUGUGGCCAGCACAGCCAUUGCAGCAGCGCAGUGGUCAUCAGCUCAGCCGCAGCAGAGCUCAGAUGGGAUGUCGGAGUAUGCCUGUCUGCAAGAAGGCUACGCCCCUCUCUCACAGGAAUACCAGACAUACUAUCAACAAGGAGCAGUAGCAGCCAGCACUUGUCCGGGAAAUGGAAUCCUAGGAGCUGCUCCGGGUAUAAAGCUUGUCCCGGCUGCCGUUGUGAUAUCACAGAGUCCACAAGUCUACCAACCACAUAUCAUUGCACAGCCCGCUAUACAGGCGCUGCCUCUGGCCCAACAUCUGGAUGCUAAACCUCAGGCAGGACUGGCAGCUGUUGAAUCUGCGGCUGCCCCCGUUAAUGCAGGCAGCGCAAUCCCAGCCUCAGGACAGACGGCCGAGACCUCCAGUGCUGUUCCUGAUACAUCUGCCUACCAAUAUGAUGAGUCCUCUGGCUAUUAUUAUGACCCUCAGACCGGCCUCUACUAUGACCCAAAUUCACAUUAUUAUUACAACACUCAGACUCAGCAGUACCUGUACUGGGACAGUGAGAAACAGACCUACGUACCGGUCCCUGGCAACAUGAACACUGGGCAGAAUGAUAAAACAGCAAAUGGCUCAGCAGGAGGCAACAAGGAGCCCAAAGAGAAAAAGGAGAAGCCUAAGAGCAAGACUGCCCAGCAGAUUGCUAAAGACAUGGAGCGGUGGGCUAAAAGUCUCAAUAAGCAGAAAGAAAACUUUAAAAGUAGCUUUCAGCCUAUUAGUCAAGAAGACAGGAAAGAGGCAGCGGCUGCAGAUGCUGGAUACACAUUGUUCGAGAAGAAGCAGGCAGGUCUAGACAGACUCAUGCAAGAGGUGGCGAGGUGCGCUGAAGAGGAAGCGCUUCCCUUAAGCUCUGCCAGUUCUUCCAAGUGUGGCCUGGUGGCAGCCUACAGCGGAGACAGUGACCCAGAGGAAGGAGGAGCGGCAGAAUCCGACGCUGGCGACAUGAGUCUGGACAAGCUCACCGACUGGAAGAAGAUGGCUUGUCUGCUGUGUAGGAGACAGUUUCCCAACAAAGACGGUUUGAUAAGACAUCAGCAGCUGUCCGACCUUCACAAGAAAAACCUAGAAGUUCUCCGAAGAUCCAAAAUGAGUGAAGCAGAGCUGGAAGAGUUGGAAAGGAAAGAAACAGAGCAAAAAUACAGGGACAGAGCAGCAGAGAGGAGAGAGAAAUACGGCAUCCCAGAACCGCCUGUUCCUAAGAAGAAGAAAUUCAGCCAGCCAACACCAGCUGUGAACUACGAGCAGCCCACCAAAGACGGCCUUACCAGUGAUAAUAUUGGAAACAAAAUGCUGCAGGCCAUGGGCUGGAAGGAGGGCAAAGGACUUGGUCGCAACCAGCAGGGCAUCACGGCUCCGAUUGAGGCUCAGUUAAGAACCAAAGGAGCUGGGCUCGGCACCAAGGGCACCAACUACACCCUGUCCGCUUCAGAUACGUACAAAGACGCAGUCCGGAAAGCCAUGUUCGCCCGCUUCACAGAACUGGAAUGAGUCGUUUUCCGACUAGAUGGUGUUGAUUAGAGCUGUGAAAUAUCUGCUGAACCACAGAAGACCAUGGACUUGCUAAUAAAUACCAGCUCCCUGUAAAUUUAGAUUGGAUCUACUUUGUCACAAAAUGGACCAUGAAACAUGUUAAUGUUACCUGAUGUUGUAAAUGAUAUAAUUUAUAAAUUGUACAUAUCAGUAGUGAGUGUCUUGAUUGUUUUACAUGGCUAUUUCUUUUUCUUGUCUUGGCAUGCUAUGAAUGUACAGUUUAUACUAGAUCUUGUCAAAAUGUAAAGAAAAUAAAAGGCAAGAUUUCAGUUGGGAUCAUUGUA